AAAGCCUCACCCCCAAAUAAUCUUCCUAUGACUCCUCCUCCUCCUAUAUAAAUACAAUUAGAUCUCUCCUGUACACCCUCCAAAGCUUCACUCUUCAGCUCCUAAGACCUCACUCCCCACCCAAUUAUCAAUACCACACACACCAUGCCCACCUCCACCCUCUCCCCCGACCAGCGGCCCCCUUACCCGCCCUUCACCCUCGAGACCGCGAAGCAGACAGUCAAAGCCGCGCAGGCAGCGUGGAACACAAAAGACCCAAAGCGCAUCGCCCUCGCCUACACACUCGACUCCGUCUGGCGUAACCGCGACCGCUUCCUGCAAGGCCGCGAGGAGAUCGAAGCCUUCUUGACUCAUAAAUGGUUUGUAGAGAACGGGUACAGGUUAAGGAAGGAGCUGUUUGCUUUUGCGGGGAAUAAGAUCGCAGUACAGUUCUGGUACGAACACCAUGACACCUCUGGGCAGUGGUUUCGCACCUACGGCCUAGAAGACUGGACCUUCGCUCCCGAUGGACGCAUGGAGAAACGCAUGAUGAGCGCGAACGACGUGGCCAUCACAGAGGAGGAGAGGUGGUUUAAGGAUGGCGUCGAUGUGGAUAGUGUUGAGAUCAGUGCGAAGCAUUGGUAGAGCCGCUGUAGAGGGGAG